GUAUGAGCGGCUGGAGGACCAGCUGCACGACCUGACUGAGCUGCACCAGCACGAGACGGCCAACCUGAAGCAGGAACUGGCCAGCGUGGAGGAGAAGGUGGCCUACCAGGCCUGUGAGCGCGCGCGCGACAUCCAGGAGGCCCUGGAGUCCUGCCAGACGCGCGUGUCCAAGCUGGAGCUGCACCAGCAGGAGCAGCAGGCCCUGCAGACGGACGGCGCCAGCGCCAGGGUGCUGCUGGGCAAGUGCAUCAGUGUGGUGCUGGCCUUCAUGACCGUGGUCCUGGUGUGCGUGUCUACCAUGGCCAGGUUCGUGUCGCCCAUGAUGAGGAGCCGCUUCCACAUCCUGGGCACUUUCUGCGCCGUGACGCUGCUCGCCGUGUUCUGCAAGAACUGGGACCACAUCCUGUGCGCCAUCGAGAAGGUCCUCAUCCCCAGAUGA